AUGGCUGGCACAGCGCUCCAAACAAGUUCCAAAUCCAUCAAGGAUCUGGCCGACGAGCUCGACGACUAUGUGGAACGCGGGCCUCACAGACUUAACGUGCUUUGCUUCGUCGGAGGUGCUGCCAUCGUGUUGAAUGGCAUCUUUAGUGUGGUGGACGUCUUCAAUGUGCUGAGUGAGCCCGUCUACUAUGUCGUGAAUGCCUACAUGGUCUUCUUCGGUGCUGUCACAUGCAUCACUGAAGCUCGGCCCACCUUUGCCGCGCAGCUGCAUGACACGGUGCAGGGUGUGCAGCGUUGGAUGCACGAAUGGGCCAAGGGCCUGACCUUACUCUGGGGACGAGGCCUCUUCUACAUCUUCCAAGGGGCCUUCUGCCUCUUGUCCUCCGGCCUUUUGAGCCUUGGCCUGAUCAUCGGUGCCUACAUGCUAGUGAUAGGCCUCCUCUGCCUCAAGGUGGGCUAUAGGAGACACGUCCAGAGUACAUCGGCAGAUUACAUCCGAAUCACCGAGUAG